AUGCUUGCUUCAUAUUCUCUUGCUUUCCCUCAAUGCACAGUUAUGGAAAAUACUGUCAAUGAAACCGAUGCAAACGAAUCCUGUGAUUUAGAAGAGGAAAAAUCAUUAUGUGAUGAUGAGUGCAGCAUGAUUGCAGACAGCGAAAUUAUUUGCAUAGAUUCAUCCAGUGAAAGCUCAGAAAAUGAAAAUUUUGAAUCCGGUGAUUUUGAUGAUGAGAAAGCAAUUACUAAUGGCGUUAAUUAUGAGAACAGUACGGGCAGUAGUGAUGUUGCUUGCAUGCAUUCGUCUGGUGAAAACUUCACAAGUGACCCUGUCAGAGGUGUGGAGUUCUGGCAGCUCAUGCGAAAUUGUGCUCAACAGAAGAUCAAAGUGCUUUUAUAUUCAUAUCAUGGUCAGAAUUUCUGUGCACUCGGUAAUGCCUUACUUCAUCGUAAGGCUGAAACAAAUUUAAAAAAACCGUCCGAUGAUAUUGGAUAUUAUGAUGUCGACUGUGUAGUUCUGCUUUGUUCUUGUAUUAAAAAUUCUUUUGAAAAGUACAAGGAAGAACUAUUCAGAGGUAGAUUCAGACGUCGUCGUGCAGUUGAUGCAUCAACUUUUCACGAAAUGAAGCCAUAUUUGUUGGGCGAAACGGACAUUCAGCCAUCAGUGAUAGACCCACAUGGACCUAUACCCACGUUUAAAAUAGUUUCGUCGGUAAAAGACGAACCCGGGCAAAAAAAUAACACUUUUCUCACUGAUUGGCCUACAAAUAGUACAUAUGAAUCAAUGGUAGUCGAUGGCAUAGAAGCAGAAUUUUUUUGUAAAUCGUGCUAUAUGGAGUUCUUAUUGGAUUGGCUCGUAUGUACCAAUUUAGAAUGCAUUAAGAACACAAGUGUUCUUAAGUUAACAGAAGAGCAAAAGAUUCAGCUGAACGCUAAGAAUGAGAAUUGCCAUUACGUUUUUAUGAAAAUUAAUGACUUACCAACAACACAUUUUUACGGUGCUGGCUUUGGUUUGGAUCAAAUACAAGCUUUCUGGGCAGCCAGCCGAAGUAUAGUGAGACGCUUAUAUCACGCUGGCUUUGUAACACCUGUUUUAUAUCACACUAUUGGAAAAUCAGGCCGGCCCAAAUUACCAAUCAAAAUGAAACGUUGGCGGAGAAUUAAGGAAUGGCGACAUGUAAAGAAUGCUGUUGAAUUGUUCAUGAAAGAAAUGGCAAAAAGAAUUCCUCAUUGGGUGAAGCUUACAAAUAAUGGGUAUAAUAAUGAGGAAUUUGUGAGGGCAAUAAAUGAAGUAAUUGAAAUGGUUCGAGUUACUGCAGAAAGACAAGAAUCGAAAGUGAAUGAAUAUAUUAGAAGAAAACGGAAAGCAGAAGACGAACUUGAAACAAGUAUGCUCAGAUUGAAGCGAAACCGCAUUUUCACCCAGAUGGAAGAUCCAAUGAAAUCAAAGUUUGAGGACAGCUCAAGAAAAGCUACGAAUUCGUCAUCAUGGAGUGCUGCUGAUGCAAAUACGGAAAUGUUGCAAAAUGGUGCUUCUGUUUCCAGAAACGUUCGUUUUGGUGACGACUCAGAUGAAACUUCCGACGAUGAUGAGGAUUGUCCUUGCGUGAAAGUUCGCAUUGAAAGUCCUUUAUCCUCCUUACCUGUGACAUCUAUGUCUUUUGGAUAUUCAGAUCCGAAAUGUCAAGCUUUUCGUUCAGUUUUAGGAGUGAGCUGUGUAGAAGAUGCUUUGGCAAUACGAAUUGUUAUUAAGGAAAAAAAAACUAUGUUCGUAAAUGAAUUCAAAUCGUUCGAUGAACAUAUUUGGAAACAUUUUUUAGUCAAUGCUCAGGAUGAUCGAACAUUCUCCUGGAAGAUGGUAGUGCGACAAAAACUCUUGGCACUUAUUCGUCAGAUAUAUCGUGAUGCAAAUUUGAUAGCUGUCGGUUCUACUGUAAAUGGCUGUGGUUCAUAUAAUUCAGAUAUGGAUUUAUGUCUUUGUCAACCCCAAGCAAAUCCAGCCGUUAAUGCCCAUAGCUUUGCUAUUGGUGUUUUGAAAAAACUGUACAAAAAAUUCGUCAUGAAUUGGCGUGAAAUGUUCAAAAGAUGUAACUACAUACCUGCCAAAGUGCCAAUUAUAAAGCUGGAAAUGGCUGCACCGUAUGAAGAAUUAGAAAUCGAUAUUAAUUGUAAUAAUAUAGCAGGAAUAUAUAACUCACAUCUUCUUCAUUAUUAUUCAAGGAUCGAUGAUCGUUUUCCUGCAAUAUGUUUGCUUGUGAAACAUUGGGCGAUCAAUGCUGGUAUUAACAAUCCAAUGACUGGCACGUUGAAUAGUUACUCUCUCAUUUUGAUGGUGUUGCACUUCUUACAAUGUGGAUCAUUGCCUCCAGUUUUACCGAAUCUUCAAUUCCUCUAUCCCAAUUUGUUUAAUGCAACAUGCAGUGUUGACGAUUUGGAAUUAUUUAGAGAAUUGCCAUAUCCGUUGCCAACUCGUGAAAUCAAUACAGAAACAGUUGGUGAACUGCUAUUAGCAUUUUUCGAUUAUUACGCUCGUUUUGAUUUCAAGAAUAAAGCAAUAUCGAUUCGUAAUGGAUGCAUAUAUAGCAGGACAAAUUUACCUGGUAAUACUGUGCGAUUCAAAAUAUUCAUUGAAGAACCGUACGAUCAGAAGAAUACAGCACGUUGUGUGACUAGUAUUGACAAUUUGAAUUUGAUCAGGAAAGCUUUUAUUGCAGCACGAGACGCAUUUCUGCUAAUUAGAUCUGGUCCACCAAAUCUAGAAUAUAUUAAUGUUCACUGA